AACAGCAGGAUCAUUUCUCACAAACCAUGCAGAUUACCUAAUUGCAUAUCAUUACGGACUACGUCACAAUCGGGAUUCUGGAGGAACAGAACCUUCCCCUGCCGAGUUUGCACGUCACCGCCUCCAACAGAGGAGAGGGGCUCGGAAGCACGGUUGACAUUGUGGUGCACCGCGACUGCCGAAAUGCACGGGGGAAACGACAAGGCCAUGCAGGUGGAGAAAUCCUAAAUCAUGCCCUCUUCGCUGCAGCCCUGAAGGUAACAUGAAGCGCAAGAACGAGAGGAGGCGAGCAGAGUCGAGAAGGAAGAAAUGUUACGAAGCGCAGCACUGCUCAGAGGCGGAGCCAAACUGCGAUAUUUACAUUGAAAUUUCAGAUCAGUUGUAUUUCGCCAUCCUUCAACAUAAGAUCAAAAGCACGACAGAACGACACUGUUUCUGCAUUGAUGAAGAGUUGGCAUAUGAGAACUUCUAUGCAGACUUUGGCCCCCUCAACCUGGCGAUGUUUUAUCGCUUCUCUUGCAAGCUGACAAAGAAGCUCAAGUCAAUUACACUGUCGAGGAAGAAGAUUGUAUUUUACACCUGUGGUGACCAGAAAAAACAAGCCAAUGCUGCCUACCUGAUUGGCUCAUAUGCAGUAAUGUACCUUAACAUGACACCAGAGGAGGCCCACAGUCUGUUGGUGUCAAGGAACCACACAUACAUCCCAUUCAGAGAUGCCUCUUUUGGAACCUGCAUGUACAAUUUGAACAUCCUGGACUGCCUGCGCGCUGUCCAUAAGGCCCUGCAAUAUGGAUGGCUCGACUUCUCCAAUUUUGACGUGGAGCAAUACGAACACUACGAGAGAGCAGAAAAUGGAGAUUUAAACUGGAUUAUUCCAGGAAAGUUCCUCGCAUUUAGCGGUCCUCAUCCAAAAAGCAAAAUAGAGAACGGCUACCCUCUGCAUGCACCCGAGGCCUAUAUCCCUUACUUUAGGAAACACAACAUCACCAGUGUCAUCAGGCUCAACAAAAAGAUGUAUGAUGCAAGGCGCUUUACAGACUCAGGCUUUGAACAUCAUGACCUCUUUUUUGUGGAUGGGAGCACGCCUAAUGACGCCAUUGUCAGAAAGUUCCUCAAUAUCUGUGAGAACGCAGAGGGGGCCAUUGCUGUCCACUGUAAAGCUGGUUUAGGGCGAACCGGCACACUGAUUGGCUGCUACAUGAUGAAGCAUUACAGCAUGACCGCAGCGGAAGUGAUUGCUUGGAUUCGGAUCUGCCGCCCGGGAUCUAUUAUCGGGCCUCAGCAGAACUUUGUUGAAGAGAAACAAAAUAGUCUAUGGGCAGAGGGAGACAUUUUCCGGGAGAAAAUGAUAAAUGAAAGAAAGAAUGGUAAACUAGCUGUGACCAGAAUACUCUCUGGAGUGGACGACAUAACCAUUAAUGGCAGCAAUAAGAACAGGGCACCCAAGAAAGAGAUGGAACUGUAUAGCGACGAUGAGGACCGGAAUGGCUUGACACAGGGUGACAAACUGCGAGCCUUGAAGAGCAAGAGGCAGCCAAGAUCCUCAAGCUCAUUAUCCUUUUCCAGUGGGUCCAGCUGGUCUUGUUUUGAGUGAUCGUCUUCAUAACAUCUUAAAUCUGGGCGGAAUAUUACUUCUAAAUUAGGGUAUUUUGCUUAAAUUUGACUUGGUGCAAGUGUAUUUUUUUAUGUGGUAUAACUUUUUAAAAACAAUUUUUGUUUCAUUUUAUGAUUAUUAUUCUUCUGGCUUUAUUUUUAAUACAUGUGUCUGACCAAAUUCUGCGCCACACGUAAAUCCUGUUAGUGGUAUGGUAAAGCACAUAUCAGCUGAUAGAAAAAUAUGUAAGACAGUAAAAUUCAGUGCAAAUAUAGUGUACUUGCAAGUCAACUGAUAUUGUGCGCCCCAUAAAUAGUUAAGGGUUAUGCUUGCAGUGAAAAAAAAAAGGCAGCCUUGCCUAAAAUCCAUACAUUUUCACCAAAGGCACACACAUGCAAUCAUUGGGCAAUUUUAUUGGAGCAAUUCUAGGAGGGUCUGUGCAACAUCUGCAGCUGAAAUAUGAUAAUACUUAAGAUUGCGCUGAGUGUAUCAAAAUCAAACGGGGAAAAAAAUAAUACCCAAGUUAUUUAAAGUUUUUUUUUCGGACUUGAUACUUAUUUCAGUGUGGCCUGAGGACUCCAUAGUACUCAUACUGUGUUAAACAGUCAGUGUUGUGCUGGGAUCAAAUGUCCUUCCACAAGGGGGGACACACUAAAGCAGGGUGGAGAUUUUCAUGCACAUUAGGCCCAGUGACUUAUUAGUGUUGCCAUCCAACCAUCUAACCUUCAGCUGAUCUUUAACCAUCUUGCUUCACUGCUUAACAUUGAAGAGCAUGUCAAAUUCCACUGCAAAUAAUGUAAAAGCACCUUUUCUGCCUUUUUCCCCCUUCCAAGCAUGGCAACAGGCACGACAUCCUCGGACAUGCACGCUCAUACAUGCCUCGUAGAUGUCUUUUAUCUGUCGUUGUCUAAUAUUCACUAAAUGUUGGGCAGGGUUCACAUGGUUUUCCUGUUUUUUUUUGUUGUUGUUGUUGCUGCUGCUGUUUUACUGAGACUGGAUCACUCCAAGCAUAACGUCAAUGCUCAGUCUUCAUAAGCACUCACCUGAAACAACUUUGCAUAUACAAUUUCAGUGUAUUAGGGGGGAAAAAAAGAUUUCUGAUGCGGCAGAUCUCAUUAAAAUGUGUAGGCGUAACAACCCUUUUGGUCAAUGUAUCAGUAUUUAUUUAUUUGUAUAUUUAGAAAAUCAAAACAUGCAUAAUAGAUUGCAAUACUAAAAGAGGCUCAAGCAAUAUGCACAGCAAACAUUAAGAAAUCCACAAAUACGUGAGUCGCAGACUGCAAAUACUGUAGUUUCGACAGUCAUCAAUAGUUCAAUGCUGGUACAUGCAAAGCUCAAGACCUCACUAAAAGUGUUUACAUUUUAAAUCUAAGGGAUAGCCACUCCAGCCAAUAACUACAGCAAUUCAUCUCAGUUUUAGGUUUUAACAUUUUCCAUUAACCCAGAACUACAAAGCUGUGGGAAAACUCUGGCUAGCCAAACGAGCUACUCAUGUCACGAACAACUUGUUACUUGGAUAACUUUAGAAUUACUAAAGCAUGAUACGUAAUUUGCGCAACUUAGAAUAAUUGAAGAGAAUGAGAGGGCAUCAAUGACUACGGCGUAGUUAUUUUUUUUCAAUAUAAUUUAACUGCUGACCGUAAUUUAACGCGCCACCUUACUCCAAAUGCCAAAGUGCGACGUGCAUGGCGUCCAUUAAAUUUUCCAACCACGAGCCUGUGAUUGAACUUUUUAGCUGUGAUUUAGCUUUUUUUCUUUACAAUUAUAUUUUUUAUUUGUUCAGCAGUAGAGAUGUCCCUGAUCCCAUCACGUGAUCGGAAAUUUGGCCCAAUCACAUCAUUUUUAUAAAAUCUGAAUCGUAAAGUUUUUUAAAUAAUUAUUUUUAUGUAUUAACUCAUAGGCUCUGCCAUUAACGGCACUAGAUGUCCAAUCUAUUUUGACUGGAAGGGCUCGAGGCAAUUGAUUGCUCCCACGCCCUCUGACAAAUUGGAUAGGACACCUAUCGCCGUCAGUGACUGUGAUAACAUGAUCAAUCAAUGCCAGGCUUCCCAGUUCAAAUAAAUUUAGCGUGUAUCGCUGUCAUCGGCAGUGAAUAAGCGGAGUGCUACAAGCAACAAAAUAGGUAAAUUGAUAUAACAAUUAGGGACGUCCCCAAUUCAAUCGCGUAAUCAGAAAUCAGGCCUCAGCAUGACACUUUUGAAAAUCAAUCACUUGGCAAAGAUCGUGUUUUAAAGUUUUUAAAUGUAAGGGCUAAAAAGAAAAGAUGUGCAAGCAUAUUGUCAAAAGGAACAAAAAAUGUUUUGUACUGUGCAACAUUUUUAGGAGAUUCGAAUCGGGCAGUGUUAAGAUUUUUUUUUUUUUUUUUUGGCUACAAAGCAACAACAUUAAAUCGGACAAAGAUAUUGUUAAAAGAACAAAAAAUGUUUUGUAAUGAAUAAAUUAAUGAUUGCUGAGGUAUCGGAUCGGUACUCUAUCAGCAAAUCCCCCAAAUCAGAUGACUUGAACUCGGCUGCAAAAAUAUGUGAUUAGGACAAUCACAGCAGUAUUGAGCAGUAUUGUUUUAGAUUUUGGCCAUUUCUCAAUAUAAAAAUGAUCAGCCAAUUUAGCAGGAAAUUAAUGAAACAAAAAAUUGUUCAGCUCAAAUUCAGUAUCUUCUGAGAAUGACCAUUGAUUUAUUGAUCCAGCCCCAUUGUAAAAGAGCAUCGGAAACCUUGUGACUCGCCCAGUCGUCUCUUGUCUCUCCCUUUUUUAUUAUUUCCUCCUUUGUUUUUUUUCUGUUUGCUCUUUAUGAAUUGUCCUCCUUCUAGAUGGCUGGUAGCCAUGCUGCUAUCGUCCCUGUGUAGCCUUGCCCUGUGGUGGAUUGUGUAUGGCUUCCCUUCUUCCAUCCUGCAUUUCUGUAUAGACGGGUUAGGAUUUCAAUGAGUUCCACCGGCCUGUGAACCCCCUCAAAUAAUGUGUGCUGACACCCACUCUGGAUCUAUCACUGAGAAUGCUGUAAGUGAGCCCCCUCUAACAUCCAACCUAAGGCAGACGCAUGUUCAACAACAACUUAUUCUUUUGCUGUUUCACCAAUAAAACGUCUUGCUAAAGUGGGGUACACACUAGAAUUUUACCCCAAAAAAAAAAAAAAAAAAGUGUAUACUGUACUGUACCGUAUUUUUCGGACUACAAGUCGCACAGGAGUAUAAGUCGCAUUUUGGGGGACAUUUACUUGAUAAAAUCCAACAAAUAGAACAGAUCUGUCAUCUUGAAAGGCAAUUUAAUAUUAAAAUACAAUAGAGAGCAACAUGCUGAAUAAGUCUACAGUGCAUGAACAACGAAAUGCGAAUAUACUGUCCUCACCAGGACGCUACGGCUCGGUCCUGGCUAUACAGCAAGCUAAACUCCCAAAUGAUGACGCUUGACGUUCGUAUAAUUUGCGGAAUCAAUUUCGUCCUCGAUACCAAACAGGUUCGCAUCAACGUAAAUAAAUGAUAAUUAGGUGCUGUUACAGCAAUGACACAAACGGCUAGCAUGCGUUCGCUAGCAUUAGCACAUCGUUCAAACAACCACACAACUGGCUUUAAGUGUCUGAUCGCGGGUUGAAAACAUACAACAACAACAGAAAAGAUGAUACACACAGGCGUUGCCUUUUUAGAGAUAUUUUACAAGCAUAAACAAUGAGCGUAGGUUCGCAGCCAUGUUUCUCUCUUGCUAACUCGCCCACUCACUCAAGCUGCGUAGCUGUCAGUCUUCUGGCGUGUGAGCGGUCUUAUUCACGGAAACAAGUGCGAGUGCACCCUCACGUGGGCGUGAAAGCGCCACAAACUAAAAGCAUGCAUUUCAAUAUAAAAAAGUCAAUAAUACAAUUGAACAUACAUUGCCAAAGGCAGAACGCGAACAUGGCCAUAACUAUUAAGAGUUAUUCAGAUAACUAUGGCAUAAAGAACAUGCUAAAGUUUACCAAACCAUCAGUGUCACUCCAAAACACCAAAAUAACAUGUGAAAUUAUAUCAUAAUGUGUUAAUACUUUCACAUAUAAGUCGCUCCUGAGUAUAUGUCGCAACCCCAGCCAAACUAUGAAAAAAACUGCGACUUAUAGUCCGAAAAAUACGGUACUUCUUACCAGUAUCUAGUAUUGUUGCCAUGACAAUACGUGGCUGCAUCUGAGCCGAAAUAAUGCAGUUUUAAACCAUUAGAAAUUAUGUUAAUCAUGUGU